AUGUCCAUCAAAUUGGGCUCGCUGUCGGAGCUCGCCAAUUCGCGACACGUCGUUCAUAUAUCCGAUGGCAAACGCUUGGUACUUUUCCGCCUGCCUUCAAUUCAAUCGUCCCAUCCGAAGAAGAGCAAUGAAUCACCAGAUGGGUGGACGUACUACGCCAUGGAGGCUGAAUGUCCUCAUGCAGGGGGUCCCAUGGCGGAAUCGAGCGUUGAUAUUGAAGAUACCGCCUAUGUAGUGUCGUGCCCGUGGCAUGCAUACGAUUUUAAUGUAGAGACUGGUGAAUCCAGUGUUGGAAUCAAAACCUGCACCUAUCCUAUUGUUAUCCAGGGUGAGGUCGUGUAUCUCAACUAUUUGCGAGACAAUAGUGAGAUGAGAAUUGAAAAGAUCGAAGCUGUUAGCGAAAAGGUGAAGUUGAAGAACAAUAAGAACCCAGGAUAUCCCCCGGUUCAACAAAAUAGUCCAAACGGUCCCCGUUAUCUAGACGAGAAAUCGACAUUCUGUGAUUGGGCGGUCCAUAUCCUUAAUACUGCAAAUCCUGAGCACAAGAUUGAACUCACUCAUCACCUAUUCACGAUUUUCACCGGUGCAGAACGCUCUUCUUCUCCAAUGGAGUUGGGAAGAGGAACAGUUGCCCCCCCGGAUCACCCACCACGUCAGGACUUAAAACAGAUCAACCCCUGGGAUACCCCCAAUAACGGUCGUGCAGGCAGUCUCAAGAGUAGGAUUGCAAUGCUCCACGCACUAGCGAAUAUUGAAUUAUGGGCUAUCGAUCUUGCCAUUGAUAUUUGUGCUCGAUUUGCAACAUUUCAAACACAGCCAAAUGCACAAGAGCUUCCCCGAGCUUUCUUUUGCGACUGGCUGAAGGUGGCCAACGAUGAGGCGAAACAUUUUUCCUUGCUUCGGGCUAGAAUUGAAGAGCUAGGUUCUAGUUUUGGCGCGCUGCCUGUGCACCAUGGGCUAUGGCAGUCGGCAAUGGAGACGGCGCAUGAUAUAAGGGCUCGUAUCAGUAUAAUAGCUCUUGUACAUGAAGCUCGUGGCCUCGACGUUAAUCCGAUGACUAUUCGGAAAUUUCGCAAGUCUGGGGAUGUUGACAGUGUUAAGGCUCUAGAAGUUAUUCAUCACGAUGAAAUUACUCAUGUCACCACCGGCCAUCGGUGGCUGACCUGGAUUUGCGACCAAGAAGGAACCGAUCCUGUUCAAGUUUUUCGCAGUAAUGUCAAAAGGCACUUUAAGGGCUCCCUUCGAGGACCAUUUAAUGAAGAAGCACGGCUGCAGGCUGGUAUGGAUGAGCGAUGGUACAAGGACCAAGUCGCCAUUGAUUCUUGA